AGUCACCAACCUUUUGUUUUGAUGGACUCUGGUGGCUCCUGGGGACCCCUAGCGGACUGUUAACAGAAACAAAAAGGAAGCUCAGUGGGUCAGACCGCUGGCAGGCAGCCAGUGAGGCUCCAGUGAGAAUGAACUCUGCGCCGCAGGACUACAUGCGCCGCUCCGACUAAAAAGCGCAGAAAAUGGUGAUUUUUGGCAGAUAACUUCUUGUGGAUCGAUUUUCUUGCGAUGUUCCCGGACACAGCGGAUGAUCUGUUCCCGCUGCAGUGAUCCACACGAGUUGACAGAAGAGAAACGAAGCGAAUGAAGCGAUGAUGAGCUCAGGUAUGCACAAGCCACCUGUGGCCCCGAAACCAAAGCUGGCCCAGCCGCAGAGGCCAGGGCUGUCUCCCUCAACACCCAGAAGAGACAUCCUCUCGCUCCCGUCUCCUGGCACGCCGAGGAGGGCCAAACCAGUAUUGGCCCCCAAACCUUGCCUCUCCAAACUCACCACUGCUGUGGAAUCCAAACCACUGGCUUCAAAGAGCCUGCACCAAACAUCUGUAGCAGAAACCCCGCGGACCGAAGGUCUUCUUAAUUCCCAAAAUGGAAUACAGCAAGAGAACAAAAAGCCAGAUUGGGAUUAUAUUAUUCCUAUUUGUCUGUGUAGCCUUGAAAACUGCAUGUGCGUCAGGAACUCAGACUUGAAAACGCUGCACAAAGGUAAAACUGAGCAAAACAGAAAGCUCCUUCCCACAUCUCGAGGUACUGUGGAUAACAGUGGAGAGAAAAUCAUCACUUCUUCCACCAAUACUCACCUCACGAGCCAUAAGCCUCUGCAAGAAACAUUCACCUUAGACAAAAAUCUCAACACAGACGUCAAUCCAGUGACUGUUAGACCGUCCCUUCCUCACAGAACAUGGAGCGAUGAGGCAAAUGGCAACGUAAUACUUCACAGUGCACCUGGGCGAGGACCAGAGGAAGAUGCUCUUGGCUCGGAGCAGAUGUCUUGUGUGCCCCAACCCAAACCAGUCCCAGCAACCCCUAGGAAGCCCGUCCCCGUCCCUGUACCACGGAAACCCAGGAUGGCCGUGCUGACCCGCCAGGAAAAGGUGGAGAAGGAGAGGGAAGAGAUUAUUAGCCAGGAAGGGAGGGAUGUGGACGUCAAAGAGGUGAAGGUGUCGUCAGAGGGGAAGUGCGGCUUGUCACCGUGUGUCAGUGUACCUGUUGAAAACAAGCCGCCAAUAUUUCUGUCUGCGAGAAAGGCCUGCGCUAUGCCAGCCCCUCCGCCCAGGAAAAAGCCUUUUCUCUCUGCACCUGAGAAAGCAGCGACCUCUGCUCCUCAGACGCUCCCAGAGGAUGUGGAGGAGGAAGACCUGGGUUGGGACAGCAGCAGCUAUGAGAUGGAGGUAUCGGUUGACAAGGAGGACGAAGAGGUGGAGAAGGAAGGGGCGCAUGAUCAGGAGGCAGUCUACACUGACUUCAGUCCUCCUUCUAGCAGCUCGCUCAAUGCAGCGGAGCUCAGCCGGCCUCCUGCCAUUGCUGUGACGGCGGAGGAUGUGCUGGUCAAGGUAGCUCCGAAGAAGCCCCACAGGCGCAGCAGCCCGACGGUGUGGAUGCAGAAGAACGAGUCCUCUGAGGAGACAGAAACAGAGAAAUUAGAGGAUGAUGAGAAAAAGCAGGUCCUCCCUAUAGAAGACUGCGUGUUGAGGGAGAGAGUAAUGAGGGAGCUGCCUUCUCCUCCAGACAACAAAACAAGCCCAAACCUCUUUACAGCCGGAGCCGUCGAGCCCUCUCGGUCCAGCCUGGGCAAACAGAGAGCCAAGUCGUUCUCUGGUGCCGACCUCAUUCGCUCCGACGGACAGAAGAGGAACUCCUUCUUGAAACUGCUGGACUUGAAGCUCUCCGUGAAGAUGCUUCCCAAGCUGAGAGUAAAAGGAGGCCAGAGCCCGGACCGCACUGCCAGCGACGACAAACAAAGCGUGGACGGGGACAAAGACGGCCGUCAGCAUCUCAGGGCCGAACGGAAACUCUCCUGCCCGCUGAUUGGAGUAGAGCAAAGCGUGGACGGAGAGGAGUUUUCACCUGGAAGAGAAGAAGCUGGUGACUACGAGAACGUCCCUCACUAUGAGGAGAUACCAGACUACAUGAACGUGCACGUGGGAAGGGCCGUUACACCCCCUCAGGCCUCCUUCUCGCAGCCGACAGCCUGGCAGGGCCCAGUGUAUCAUGAUGAGGACAUUUAUGAGGAGCAGGAGCCAUAUAUGUCCUUUGAGAAAAACACUGGACGACAACAGUGUCAGACACCAACAGGCUGUGAGAGGAGCUCUGUCGAUGACGAGGUGGCACCCCUGGAUGACGGCCCCUCAGAUGAUGACAUCUUGGCCAACACCUCUGAUGAGGAGGACGACAGCAGCUCCAUCUCGAGUAAAGGAGACCCUGAGCAGCGAGAGGAGAGUCCGACACAGAGCGGACAGAAGAAGAGCAAGAUUCACCACAUCGCCACAGAAAUUAUGAGCUCUGAGAGAGUGUUUGUUGAUGUCCUGAAGUUGCUUCAUGUUGACUUCCGUGAUGCGGUGUCCAAAGCGUCUCGUCAGAGUGGGAAGCCUGUGAUUGAGGAGCGGCUCCUCAACCAGAUCCUGUACUACCUCCCGCAGCUCUACGAACUCAAUCAAGACCUGCUCAGAGAGCUGAGGCAGAGAGUGGCUAAAUGGGAUGAGAAUGCGCAGCUAGCGGACAUCUUCCUGAAGAAAGGGCCCUAUCUGAAGAUGUACUCCACAUACAUCCGCGAGUUUGACAAGAAUGUGGCUCUACUGGAAGAGCAGAGCAAGAGGAACCUAGCGUUCGGCGCAGUGGUACGGGAGUUUGAGGCCAGUCCACGCUGUGCUAACUUGGCCCUGAAGCAUUACCUGCUGAAGCCUGUUCAGAGGAUUCCUCAGUAUCAGCUGUUGCUCACAGACUAUCUGAAAAACCUGUCUGAAGACUCAAACGAUUACAAGGACACACAAGCUGCCCUUGCACUAGUGAAAGAGGUGGCCAAUCAUGCCAACGACAUCAUGAAACAAGGGGAUAACUUCCAGAAGCUGAUCCAGGUGCAGUGCAGUCUGAAUGGCCACCGUGAGAUAGUCCAACCUGGGCGGAUCUUUCUGAAAGAGGGGAUCCUGAAGAAGCUGUCCAGGAAGGUCAUGCAGCCCAGAAUGUUCUUCCUGUUUAACGACACAUUGCUGUACACCACUCCUGUUCAGUCGGGCCAGUACAAGUUCAACAACAUGCUGUCUCUGGCUGGGAUGAAGGUUAGCAAACCGAGCCAAGAGGCCUACCAGAAUGAGCUGAACAUUGAGAGUGUGGAACGCUCCUUCAUUCUCUCAGCGAGUUCAGCCACAGAACGAGAUGAAUGGCUUGAGGCCAUUUCCACGGCGAUCAAUGACUACACCAGGAAGAAGAUCAGUUUUAUAUCUGGCAAGCCGCUAGAAGAGGUUGAACUGAGUAAUGGUGGUGAUGGUGCUCCUUUGGGAUCGAAAGCCCCUAUAUGGAUCCCGGACCCACGCACCACCAUGUGUAUGAUCUGCACCUGUGAGUUCACCCUAACAUGGAGGCGACACCACUGCCGUGCAUGUGGGAAGGUGGUGUGCCAGUCUUGUUCCUCCAACAAACACUGUCUUGAAUACCUAAAGAACCAAAUGGCAAGAGUGUGUGACCAGUGUUUCCUUGUUCUUCAGCAACAGAAAAGUGAGCAAGCCCUGACAGCAGCCGUAUCCCCUGGAAACAGAGCUACCUUUGCUUUCUCCAGGAAGCAGAAGAAGAUACCUGCGGCGCUCAAAGAGGUGUCAGCGAACACAGACUCUUCCAUGAGUGGGUACCUGCAGAGGUCAAAGGGCAACAAGAAGCAGGGGAAGAGGCUGUGGUUCGUCAUCAAAGACAAGGUCCUAUACACGUACGCUGCAAGUGAGGAUGUCGCAGCCUUAGAGAGUCAGCCCCUGUUGGGGUUUAUGCUGAAAGUUGAUUCUUUGCAGAAGACACAGUUUAAGCUCUACCACAAAAACACCCUUUACUACAUUUUUAAAGCUGAUGACGUCCAAACAGCACAGAGAUGGAUCGACUCAUUCAAAGAAGCCACAGUGCUUUAAUCUCCGCUGACAGUGUGUUCAGUUGCACUUUUUGGCCCUUGCCUGAAAAUGUUUUACCUCAGUGCUCUCUGAAUUCUGCAUGAAGCAUCUGGAGACACCGUUAGUUGCACUGGAAUAAAAUCCAAAUAUUUUAUUGUCUUCAUCAGACAUACUGUUGUUAAUUUUUCAUUGUUUUUGGAGCACUCUGUUGUGGCAGAAUCACACCGCAAUCAUCUGUAGCUAUUUUAGACUGCUAUACUUUGAUUUUGCCACAUUUUAAGGUUUUUUUUUCCCUAAAAACCUGCUUGUAUCUCCGUAGCGCAGAUGUGUUAGUUAUCAAUAGAUUUGUAAUGAAUACUGACAUAAAUUUUGUUCCACAUUUACCAAAUAAUUUUAGAGGUUGAAACAAAUCAGAUGUUUUGUAUUGCUUAGGAGUAAGAACUUUAUUUCACUGGUGUGAAACAGGCUGUAGAACACACACUGUGCACACUAAUUUACAGACUUAAUAGUGUAUCACGGGAAUAUUCACUGCUUGAACAUAACUGUACCAUAAUGUGUAUUUCAAGUAACUCAGAUGGCUGUACAUAGGUUAUAUCUCUACACACAUAUAACGUGUAAAUAUAAUGCACUGUAAAUUUAAAUGUUCUCAAAUUUCACUGAAAUAAAUUUUGGUUUGCUGUC